AGUUCUCCUGGGGAGUUCAUGUUACCCUGAUGUGCAUUCUACUGUAAAGAGUAACAUGGGUCUGGGUGUGUGCUGUUCCUUCUCAAUGUGCUUUUGCUUUCUUCUUGCUAGAUCGAUCAAAAUGCAGACCCCUGUGGCUCUCCUUGCUUCUCCAGCUCUGUUCCGCUGCUGUUCUAGGGCUCUGACAAGGCCCGUUUCCAUAUCUGUACUGAGCAGGCCUGAGAUUCAGACUGUCCAGCCCUCUGGUGUUUCCCAUCUACAGCUGGCUCACCGAGAGUUCCAAACGAGCACUACGUCUAGGGAUAUUGAUACUGCUGCUAAGUUCAUUGGUGCGGGUGCUGCCACAGUUGGGGUGGCUGGUUCAGGAGCAGGUAUCGGAACUGUGUUUGGCAGCUUGAUCAUUGGCUAUGCCAGGAAUCCCUCUCUCAAGCAGCAGCUCUUCUCCUACGCCAUCCUGGGCUUUGCUCUGUCUGAGGCCAUGGGGCUCUUCUGUUUGAUGGUGGCAUUCCUCAUCCUGUUUGCUAUGUGACAGCCUCUGGGCCAGCUCCUGGCUUCCGUCACUCGGUGUCCUGUCCGGUUUGAGUCUGCCUCCUUCACCAGAGCGUUCCAGAUUUACAAUUAAAAGUUUUUCUCCUAA